GCCCGACAAUAUUUAUAUUUCAGUGCGUCUUCGUCGUCUUCGUUCGAAAAUAAGAAAGAAAGUGGGGGCGGCAUAUUGUGCCAUAUAGUCUCACCUCUCAAUGCUAGCUCCGCUGGGCAUUUACUACAACAGUUGUUUGCCGACUACUGUCGUGCUUUGAUCUUUUAUAAAAAUAGAUAAUAGCAUCAUCGCAUGCUAUUUGGGGUUUACAUUUGUCGCGUGUUUACUCAAUCCACGAUAACAAUACCGCGUCACCCUCGUUUUAUGUUUAUUCCUCACCUCUUCUCGUUGAAUUAAUUUGUGUCUUUUUUUUAAGUUUUUGUGAUUGUGGUUAAAGGCUAAAAUAAUGCCGGUGUUUCACACAAAGACUAUAGAAAGCAUUCUUGAGCCAGUUGCACAGCAGGUAUCAAGGCUUAUUAUUCUCCAUGAAGAAGCUGAGGAUGGAAACGCUAUGCCUGACCUUGGACGUCCAGUCCAGGCGGUCAGCAUGGCGGUCACCAAUCUUGUCAAGGUGGGAAAAGAAACGAUCAACUCUUCGGAUGAUGCGUUACUCAAGCAAGAUAUGCCGGCCGCACUACAUCGUGUAGAGGGCGCUUCAAGACUACUGGAAGAAGCUUCCGGUUUACUGAAACACGAUCCUUAUUCUGGACCAGCAAGAAAAAAAUUGAUCGAAGGUUCUCGAGGAAUUCUCCAAGGGACAAGUUCUCUAUUACUAUGUUUCGACGAAAGCGAAGUUCGGAAAAUUAUUCGGGAGUGCAAACGAGUCCUGGAUUAUCUCGCAGUUACAGAAGUCAUAGAGACCAUGGAAGAUUUAAUGCACUUCCUGAAAAACCUUAGUCCUUGCCUCAGUAAAGUUUCCCGGGAAAUCAGUGCUCGUGAGAAAGAACUAACGCACCAAGUUCAUCGUGAAAUCCUUAUUCGGUGUCUCGAUCAGGUGAAAACUCUGGCACCGAUUCUGAUCUGUUCCAUGAAAAUAUUCAUUCACAUUAUUUCGCAAGGCGGUAAAGGGGCAGACGAAGCAGCAGAGAAUCGUAAUUAUUUGUCAGGACGUAUAUCUGACGAGUUGAAUGAGAUUAUUCGCGUUCUCCAAUUGACCACGUACGAUGAAGAAGAAUGGGACGCGGAUCAAUUGACGGUACUGAAAAAAGCACAAAGUGCCAUUGAAUCGCGAGUUAGAGCAGCAUAUGAUUGGCUGGAUGAUGGGCGGGCCUUGCGAGGUGGCAUCGGGGAAAAGAGUCUUCGUCAAAUACUCGAACAAGCAGAACGAUUAUCGGAUCGGUAUCUCGCCCCGGCUCAAGCUGAGCCCUUGGCUAAACUGACAUCCCAAAUUGCAACGAUGACCGAUGCAUUGUGCGAACUUCGCCAAAACGAAAAAGGAAGUACUCCUCAAGCUGAAGCCUUAGCUCGAGGUGUAAAGGAAAAGCUCAACGAGCUUCGAUCUUCGAUUGCAUCGUCUCUCGUUGCUGCUGACAAAUCCGGUGCAGCUCAAACAGCGCACACAGUAGCUGGAAGACUGGAGCAAGCGAACAAAUGGCUUCUUAAUCCAGAACAUGAUGAUCGUGGUCUUGGACAACGCGCCAUUGCCAUGAUCAUUCAUGAAGGAAAGAAGAAUCAGCAUGCUCACGCUUACGUUGCUGAAGGUUUGCCAGGGAUUCACAAGGCGGAGAUUUUGCAAUUAUGUGACGACGUGGACAAUCUGUCUCGCCAGUUGGGUGAACUAUGCACCAAGGGUCAAGGAAAUACUAUACAAGCACAGGAAAUAUCACGACAGCUAUCGCAAAAGCUUCAGGAGCUCAAAAAUCGUAUACAACAAGCUGUUGUUUCACGCGUUGUCGAAGACUUUAUCGACAUAUCGACACCUCUCAAACAAUUCACGGAUGCUGUCCUGACCCCGGAAGGAACUAUUGGACGUGAGCAAAACUUCAACGAUAAGACUCAUGCCCUUCAAACUUUUUCUAAUCGGGCUGCAAAAACUGCUAGAAUGGUUGCCGCUGGUGGUAGUGGAGGCAACAAAAAACUUGCGGAGGCUCUUUCAAGCAGUGCUUCUCAGGUCGAAUCAUUGACUCCUCAGUUGGUCAACGCCGGUCGGAUAAGAAUGACAUACCCUGAGAGCAAAGCUGCGGAUGAUCACUUCGAGAACUUGCGCCAACAAUACGCCGAAACGAUGCAAAGAGCCAGAGCUCUUUGUGACGAAGCAACUGACAGCGCAGAUUUCGUUCGAACAUCCGAGGAACAGAUGCAAAAACAUUCGUUCCUUUGUGAAGAAGCAAUCGCUAAAACUCAUCCUCAAAAAAUGGUUGACAAUACUGCGGCGAUUGCGCGACUCGCCAAUCGUGUUAUUCUAGUCGCAAAGCAAGAAAGCGACAACAGCGAAGACCCUGCUUUCAUUCAACGCGUCAAUCAUUCUGCUGAUGUUCUUCAACAGAAUGUUGCGCCUAUGGUACAGGACGCUAAAGCUGUUGCAAUGAACAUCACUGAUGGCCCAUCGAUAUCACGCUGGCGAGAAAGCAACCGGGCUCUUCUGAACACCGUCGGCCAAGUUCGAAAGGCACUUGUAACUCAUCCUGAUCAGCGAAGCUCUCCGGACAUUUCUCAACUGCACAUCAGUCAUGAAAUGGCUCCGCCAAGACCCCCGUUGCCAGGAGGCGAAGUUCCACCUCCGCGACCUCCUCCCCCAGAAACCGACGAUGAAGACGAAAUGUUCAUGCACGCACCGCAGCCUAAUCAACCUAUCAUGAUGGCUGCUCACGGUCUUCAUCAAGAAGUUCGACAGUGGUCGAGCAAGGAUAACGAUAUAAUCGCAGCGGCGAAAAAAAUGGCCAUUCUAAUGGCUCGUUUGUCCGGAUUGGUGCGAGGUGAAGGCGGAAACAAGCGUGACUUGAUUGCAUGUGCUAAAGCAAUUGCUGAAGCAUCCCAAGAAGUUACCCGCCUCGCCAAGGAGCUUGCUCGUGAAUGCACAGACAAGCGCAUUCGAACGAAUCUACUCCAAGUUUGUGAACGAAUUCCAACCAUUGGAACUCAACUGAAAAUUCUAUCUACGGUUAAAGCUACUAUGCUUGGAGCACAAGGUACGGAGGAAGAUCAAGAAGCGACGGAUAUGCUCGUCGGAAAUGCCCAAAAUCUUAUGCAGAGUGUCAAAGAAACGGUCAGAGCUGCGGAAUGUGCUAGCAUCAAAAUUCGUACAGCAUCGGGCAUGAAACUCCGUUGGGUUCGCCGUCAACCGUGGUACCAAUACUGAAAGUGAAUUAGGCACACUCGAACCUAAUAAAUAAAUGUCAUUCAUCACCGAACGAAGUCACCAGCUUCGUCGUACCUUAUCCACGUGACGACCGAUUUAAGAGUACCUAAAAACCCACAUGUUAAUCUUCCAUGAAUAUUUCUUCCAUGACUUCGAUUCAAAACUCUUGUGGUUAAAACAACAAAAAUUGUGCCUCCUUGCAUUCGCAAAAACUAAUUUUCAUGUAGACUUCCAAAUCGAGAUUAAUGAAUCGGUCCGAUGGAAUGCAAACUUCGUGCUGCCCGAAUGCUAGUUCGUUUUAUCACGACAGCAUUCGAUAUUUAAAAAUAUGAGUUCAUAUUGAAUAAUGAACUCAUAACAAAUUUAUCGUCAUUGUUAUCGAAAGGACAUUAUUUAUCGUGUUUGUUGGUUUAAUAAGCGACUUUAAAAAGUUUUUACGUAGUAAAAGUAACCGUUGCAUCUUAACGACUAAUCGAAUUAUUUCAAUCAGAUUGAGAGUGACUUAAUAUACACGGUUUUCGUCAAAUUUACCACAUUUUUUAUGACAGUCGACAAAGCAAUAUUAACGGGAAAAUCAUCAUUUUUAUACUGCCAUUUACACAGAAAAAGAAGAAGUACAGAUUAGAUGAAGCAGCGAACACGACAAUCCGUUUAAUCACACGUUAGCAAAUCUCAUCCAUAUUCUAUAUAGUAUGUUAAAAAUAAUCAAAUAUUAUCAAAUGAAAGCUCUAUAUGAACAAAAUAGUCUAUUUUAGAUUCAAUUUUCGAUUGUAAUGAUGUGUAUCGUUAUUGAUUAUUAACCAUGAUUAAAGAAUUGUAACAAUGUCAUGAAAUUUGUUUGAAUUGUAACUUUUUUUAUUCUUUACAAUUAGCAAUGCUUAUUGAAAAGCAAACAUUUAUUCUUACUUUGAAAAUCUGAAUGAAUAAACCGAUUGGAUAUCCGGGCAAAUAUUCAUGAAAUACACAAGUUCAUUUCUGUGAAA